AUGCUGAAGCCCGCUGGAUUAGUUGCCAUCGAGGCGAGCCCGAAUAAGUCUGCCAACUACGGUGCAAUACCCCCACAUGGUGGAGAUGGGCCGAAACCCGCGGAUGGGAUUUCUGGUCUUUACGAAGGAAAUGUUUUCGAGGCAUCCCCUGAAAAUCGUCGUCAAAUCGGCGUAGUCAGUGCAACGUUACUGAUCUUCAACCGUGUUAUUGGAACUGGCAUCUUCGCGACACCGGGUACUAUUUUAGCUCUGUCGGGCAGUGUUGGUCUCUCACUUAUCAUGUGGGUGAUUGGCACUUUUAUUGCCAUGGCAGGAACUGCGGUUUACCUGGAAUGGGGCACGGCUAUUCCGAAAAAUGGAGGCGAGAAGAAUUACCUCGAAUACGUCUACAAGAAACCCAAGUUCCUGGCCACAGCCAUGUUCGCCGCCUACGCCUUCUUAUUAGGUUGGGCUGCAAGCAACAGCGUAGUUUUUGGUCAGUAUAUUCUCAACGCAGCUGAUAUCGAAGUCGAUCGAUGGAACCAGCGUGGUAUCGGGCUGAGCUGUCUCACCGCGGCGUUUCUCGUGCACUCGACGGCUCUCAAGUGGGGUCUUCGUCUUUCCAAUUUGCUCGGUAUAAUCAAAUUGAUUAUCGUCUUGUUCAUCGUGGUCGCGGGCUGGGCCGCACUAGCUGGGCAUACGAAGACCGAGACGCCGCAUAAUUUCCGGAAUGCCUUUGAAGGGACAAAACCUAGUGGGUACAGCAUUGUCAUGGCGUUGUACAAUGUUAUUUGGUCCUUCAUUGGAUACUCCAAUGCCAACUAUGUCCUGAGCGAGACGAAGAACCCAGUCCGCACCUUGAAGAUCGCGGCACCACUUGCGAUCGUCUCUGUUGGCAUUCUCUAUAUGUUUGUCAACAUCGCCUAUUUUGCCGCAGUAUCGAAGGAGGAGAUGCUCGAGUCUGGCACCGUGGUUGCUGCUGCGUUCUUUAGGAAUAUGUUCGGCAAGCAAGCUGAGAAGGUCAUGUCGGUCUUUGUGGCCCUAUCCGCAUUCGGCAACGUGUUGUCCGUGCUAUUCUCGCAAGGUCGAAUUGUCCAAGAGCUCGGCCGGGAGGGUAUCCUGCCCUUCUCGAAGUUCUUUGCUAGUAACUGGCCUUUCCAUUCCCCAGCUGCGGGCCUUCUUGAGCACUAUAUUAUGUCGGCCAUUAUUUUGCUGGCUCCUCCACCUGGCGAUGCCUAUAACUUCCUCCUCAACCUCAUCUCAUACCCCCUAUCAAUUGUCAACGUUUUCGUGUCCGGUGGCCUCAUCUAUAUCUACUUGAAUAAGAGCUCCAAGUUUCCCGACUGGAACCCUGGAAUCCGAGCGACACUCCCCGUCACUGUCUUUUUCCUGCUGUCGAAUUUGUACCUGGUGGUGGCUCCCUAUGUGCCACCUGACGCCGGCCAGAACGUCUAUGAGCAGCUGCCAUAUUACCUGCAUUGUGUUGUGGCUCUGGGAUUGUUUGCUUUUGGGGCAUUAUACUACCUUGUCUGGGCCGUCCUUUUGCCACGGUGGGGCGGUUAUGUGCUUGUCAAGGAGUCGGUGGUGGAUGCGGACGGCUGGUCUCGCACCGUGUUUACUCGACUGCCAAAAGCUGCUGCAGGGCGCUCUUAG